UUGAAAAUAAAAUAAAUUGAAUGAGUAAUGACGAGAUACGCAUACGAGAUCAUUAUCAAAAAUUGUUAUAAACAGUUGUGAAAAACAUUGGCGUGAUAUAACAUUGUUUAGUAUUGUGUAUACGAUCUUUAGACUCCGCGUUUACUAAUGAACAAAAAUGUCAAGCAAUCCAAAUUCGAAUUUUCCUUUCCAUAGAAGCCAGUCAGCGGACUUAACUCAUCCUCAGCCCAGAACCUUCUUCCAAACAAACAGCAACAAUGUGUUACCCUCAAUCUCAGCCCCCGCUUCAUUCCAAAGACGAACUGUAGAAGGUGCAAGGCAGCUGAGGGACAGUUUAACCAGUGUCAUUAGGGAAAUAGAACCUCUUGUGGAGACUGCACGAUCAGUAAACGCUGGGGUUACUAAUUUUCUUAACAGACCGCAGUCUGAAGUUAACGUUUCUCGACCACCAGUGGAAACUAACAAUGACAGUUACUAUAUAAAUCUAGAAAUUGAACCCAGUAGGGAUCCCGAAGCUCCCCCUGUACAAGACAAUGAAAACUUUAAUAACACUGUUAACAACACGGAUAAUAACAACACAGAGGACUCAGAAAGAGCUCAGAACGUCGUGGAAGCUCAGCAGUUUAUUAAAGUGUUGUUAAAAUAUGUUCCUUUUGUUCUGAUAUUACUGGCGAAGACCCUUUAUGACUACCACGAAGGAAUUUUUAUUCUAGUAAUUUUAUUUAUAACUUUUGCUCAUACUAACUCUGCAGUUAAAAGAGAAACUGUUUUAAGGCAAAGAAGAAGUGUCGGUGUGCUUGCUAUGUCACUGUUGUACAUCGCAGUAUGUCUAAUAUUUAUUCAUUAUGUUUUCGCUGAUGAUCUACAUGAUUUUAAUGUAGUGCUGAAUUUGGUAUUGAUUCGAUCAUUUACUCAUACUCUGACUGUCUGGAACUUGUUAUGGAUAGUAACAAUAACAGAUUUUACUUUGAAACUGAUGACUGUAUCUAUUAAAAUAUUGUUAACUAUGUUGCCUGGGGUUAUUAUUGAUUUUAAAAAAAGGGGAAAAAUAUAUUUAUUCAUUGAAGCAAUAUCCCAAAUGUACCGAAGCAUUGCUACCAUUCAACCUUGGCUGUAUUACUUACUUGAAUCCUACCAGGGACCCGAGAAGAUAGUAGCCGUGUUCUUGUCUGCAUUUUAUAUGAUUUCUAAGGGAUCAGACUUGAUGUCCAGGGUUAAGUUACUCAAAGUGGCUUGUCUGAAGCUCCUACAGAAUGUUAGUAUAGGUUCAUCUCCCAGCAAAGAUCAAAUCCAAACAGCUGGAGACCAUUGCCCCAUCUGCCAUGACCAAUACGAUUCCCCAGUUCUACUCCAAUGCAGACAUAUCUUCUGUGAAAGCUGUGUCACCACUUGGUUUGAUAGGGAACAGACUUGCCCCCUUUGUAGAGCAAAGAUUGUUGAUGAUCCAUCUUGGAGGGAUGGUUCCACCUCAUAUUUUAUGCAGCUGUUUUGAGUCUAAUUGGUACAUACAUACAAUGGGAUGUGGUAUGGUUUUUAUUAGGAUUUAUGGGGACUAUAGUGUUUUUUGCACUAUUUUACGAUCUGUUGUGUGGUUUUAUUAAGCAACAAUGGGGACUAUAGUGUUUUUGCACUAUUUUAUCAUCUAUUUUGUGGUUUUAUUAUACAACUUAGUAAAUAGUGUUAUAUUGGUUCACUGACAUACUAAACAGUAAUAAAUAAUGUUAUUUUUGGAUAAUUAGUCUAUCAGUCACAUCAAAAUAGACUUAUUCUAUUAGAGAAUGCCAAAAACAGUAUAGUAACCCUUCAUUAAGAUCUAUAUACCAAUUAGACUAUUUCAGUUUCUGUUACUGUACUGAUUAUACAAGGUAGUUGUUAGAUAAGUUUAAAAUAACUUGUUGGGGUUACUAAAUCCAACAUAAUAGGGUUGUUAAAUCCAACUAUAGGCAGUUAAUAUGACAAUAUAUGUGUCUGCAAUAUAUCAUGUACGAGGGUCAUUCGCAAAAAAAGAUUCCCUAUGCCGCUGAGAAAGAGUGCGAUGUACUGGGAGAAAUCUGGCAACACUGUCUUACACAUCAACAUUCCCUCGUUGUUGGCCUUUGCUAUUUAGAGUUUUCAACACUUUCAUUGUUUUCUCUAUAUUUUAGAUUUUUUCGGUAUUGUUGUUCCUGAUAUCGUGUUUUAUUCUUUUAUUAUUUUAUUUAUUUAUUAUUUUACAUAUUAUGUCAAUAUUUAACAUUUUACAACAGUGGUUUUGCUCAUCUAAAGUCUUUUGAACCGUUUUAAUCUACCAAUGUUUGUGUUUAUCCCCCAUUAUCAAACUAGGUAAAGCAAAUAUAUGUUUUUUUUUAAUAAGCUGCCUCUAUUUGGAUAAUAAAUAUGUGUAAUCGGUUGUUGAUUACUUGGAAUAAUUUAAACUGAUAAAAUUCUAGAAUGUGUGAUUAUUAAACAAGGUUUAAUUUUUUUAGUGUUUUGUUUAAAAUGAUUAAAGAUACAAAUAUUUGUUCACUAUUUAAGAGUAAAUAGUAGCGCGUCAUCAAUAUUUUUGUUUUUCGAAAGUUCUGCGAACUUUCAACAGUGAGGUAAAAGUGCGGGCGUGCAUGAUUUGGACGCUAAAUUUAAAAUUCGACGCUGAAAAAUAAAAUUACCUGUUUCUGCAUACAUGAUUUGGACGCUGGGUCUAAUUGAAAUGUAAAUGGAAAGUCAGGUAAUAAAAUUCUAGAGAUUAAGCUUGAUAAGGUUUAUUUGUCACUUUGAAAUAAAUACGACAUACAUUUUACGAAAUGGUAUCGAUCGAUACAGUUAGUUUGAUACUCAUAUAUCCUGUCUCUAACGAACAUAAUCUUUUUUCUACUCUUUGGAUCUUUAAGUCUAUUACUUUCAUGGACACUAUUAAUUUUAAUGUAAGUUUCAGUUUGAAAAUUUUUUAAAACAUCAAUAAAAUGGAAAAUAUUUGGAUGAGCAUGGUAAAAAUUAUCAUUAAAACGCGAGUGGAACGAUUCACACUCGUGAUUAUGUUCUAGAUUAAUUCGGAUCACUAACUUUUCUGGCCCUUUCGUCAAUAUCUUCGCUUUACACGACCGUUUUACGCACCUCCAAUACGUUUCUCCCGAUUUUAGUACUUUAUCUUGAGAAAAAGUAAAACUGUUCACUUUGAGCAAAAUUUUACCACGAUUACUUACUAACGUUGAAAUUUCCAUAUUCACUAUUAGUUUAUAUUCCUGUCUAGUACAUGAGUUAUUGUAAAUAGACACAGGUUUAUGGAUUACAAACAAAUUACCAGUUUGUUUUUUGCGGGAAACGAAAGUAAUUAGUUUCGGUAGUACCGUAAAUAAAUUAUCGAUAUGUCAUCAGAUGUUACUAUACAGAAUGUCUCACCAAAUAAAUCCUAUUCUACCUCUUACUCUACAUCAGUGGAAUUUAUACAACCCGUUGGAUGUGCAUGAUUUGGACGCUAAAUUUAAAAGACCCAAAGGAGGAAGACCCAACCCUUCGGUCCUAACUUUACUUUCUGGCAGCGUCCAAAACACGGGUACUUUUAAGACCCUCAGGUACUUUAGCGUCGAAAACAUGCCCGCCCAAAAGUGCGUCGGUAAUUCGACACUGACAGUGACAUUUAUUGUACUAUCAAAAACAAUAAUUUUGCUCAUAGGGGCACUGAAUGUUGACGAGUCAGUCACGUUCGAUUUCUUGCUAUAGAAAAUCGAUUUUUAGUAGAUCCAAUGUGACACAAAAUCUAGGCAUGGGAUAAAAAAGUUUAUUUGAAGAAAGUGUAUUUUUUUUGUUCUUCUUAAUGGCGGUACAGGCUACUUUUUGCAAUAUUUUAUUUAGUUAUAGAGUAAUUUCCACAUACUAACACAUUUCUCAAAUUGGGCUUUGUACCGCCAUUCUUUAUUAUAUUACGAAUAUGUGUGCCAAAAAUCUCGACAAAAUAUUCAAAAUUACAGCUGCAAUCUUGGACCGCGUUUGUUGCUACCUGAUGAUCGCUACUGUUGCCUCUUAAUUCGUUAGUUGUUUGUUGUGCAAUCUCAGAAUACAGGGUGUCGAGAAACUCUCCCUAACAUACGAAGACCGGAGAUUCCUCAAAUAAUUCUAAGGCAAUUUAACCCAAUUCACUUAGUCCGAAAAUGCUUCCUAAGGGAGCUAGAGCUCUUUGAAGAUGGCGUCUUGUAAUUAGUUUUUUUUAAUACCUCUAGAACGAUUCUAUUUAGAAAAACUGAAACUGGUACGCCUAUUUUUCUUCGAGAGACAAAACGAUUCCAUUAAUUGCGAAUUUCUAGUAGCGGUCAUAGGCGUCUCUUUUGGGUAGGGCAACGAUUAUUUUAUCACAUAACUUUUUUGUCUUUAACUUUCAAGCAUUUUUGAUACUGGAUUAUUAAGUUGUGAGGUAUUGUCUGAAGGUACUCUUGCUUUAAAUUGGUAGGAUGCACCGUUUUCUAGAAAAAUUUAUUUGAAAAUUUUUCGUUUUUUUGAAUUGGAAAUAAAUUUGAAAAAAAAAAGAAUGUGUGUGUACUUUGUACACACGUAAGAAGUUAUACUUCUAUUAUAUGAUUUCAACGAAAUAAAUAUAUUUUCGAACAGUUUAUUUAUAUUUUAUUUAUAGAUUAAACUAAUUUUUACUUAGUAUUUUUCAAAAAAAUGUAUUAAAACAAUACCAAAAAAUAAUAAAAAAAAAAAAAUAGAAAACACCCGGAUUUGAACCGGGGACCGCUUGAUCUCCAGUCGAACGCUCUACCACUGAGCUAUACUCAUUUUGUUUGUGCGGGUGCGGACUACAAGAUUUCUCAGACAUAGUGUCAAAUAGACCAAGUGACGUAUAAAAAUAGAUACUUUAAAUAUUACUUAUUAUCUUAUUCCCGGUGGUAGACAAAAAAUCCAAAGAUACAAAAAUUAUAAUAAAUAUAUUUACUAAAAACACUAAUAUAUUCUUUCCACACCUUUUUUGGACUAAUACAUACAUAACUUAAAACAUUUAGCAACGAACUCCAUACUGUCUGUGUGCGCAUGCGCACAGAAUAAUAAAAAUUCACUCGCAAUCACGCCUAAAGAAGUUUAACUUCAAAAAUUUCAAAAAACAGAACGGUGUAUUUUACCGACUUAAAGCAAGAUAAACUUCUGGUCUAGAAUAUCUCAUAAUUUAAUAAUCUGGUGUCAAAAAUGCUUAAAAAUUAAAGACAAAAAAAUUAUGCAAUAAAAUAACCGUUGACCGGCCCAAACCGGACGCUUAUGACCGGUACUCUGGAAGAUAAAUAAAGAUACCAAUUUUCGUUUUUCUAAAUAGUUUUUUUUUUAAUUUUUUCAAAUUCAAAAAACGAAAAAUUUUCAAAUCUAUUUUUCUAGAAAUCCGUGUAUUCCAUCGAAUUAAAGCAAGAGUACCUUUUGGUACUAGAAUACCUCAAAAUUUAAUAAUCCAGUGUCAAAAAUGCUUAAACGUUAAAGACAAAAAAGUUAUGCGAUAAAAUAACCGUUGCCCUACCCAAAACGGACGCCUAUGACCAGUACUAGAAAUUUGAAAUUGAUGGAGUCGAUUUGUCUCUGGAACACAAAUAGGCGUACCAGUUUUUGUUUUUCUAAAUAUAAACGUGGUGGAGGUAUGUACAUAUUAAAAGAAGAAUGUGUGUGUACUUUGUACGCACAACAGUUUAUUUGUAUUUUAUUUAAAUAUUAAACUAACUUUCUUACCUACCACUUUUAAAUUUUUUUUAUUAAAACAAUACCAAAAAUUAAAAAAAAAAAGAAUAUGAAUCGUCCGGGAUUUGAACCGGGGACCUCUCGAUCUCUGGUCCAAUGCUCUACCAACCAAGCUAUCAAGCCCCGUCUGCGUGACGUCUCGGAUAUAAUUACACAUCACGGUGACAAAUAGAUCAAGUGAAGUAUAAAAAUAAUGUUAUAAUAGAUAUUUUAUUAUCUUACUCCCGAGGAAGACAAAUCCAAAGACACGAAAAUUAUAAUAAAUAAUACAUUUACUAAAAACACUAAUAGGUAUAUUCUUUUAAUGACUUAUUUGCGCUGAUACAUACAUAACUUGAAAUAUUAGCAACGAACUACAUACUGUCUGUGUGCGCAUGCGCCCAGAAUUAUAAAAUUUCACUGUCGAUCGUAAAGAAGUAUAACUUCAAAAAAUUAAUUACAAGGCGCCAUCUUCAAAGAGCUUAGGAAGCAUUUUCGGACUAGACUAGGUGAAUUGGGUUAAAUUGUCUUAAAUUUAUAUGAAGAAUCUCUGUAUAAAUAGUCCUCUAAUCAUUUUGAACAGAAUAUUUUAAAAAAAGGACAUUAAAAUUUAAAGCCAAAUUAUUAUUUUUAUAAAUAAUGUACAUAGGUAUUUAGACAUAUCUUAAGAUGUAAAUAGAAAAAUAACGUUGGGUUGUAAUAAUUGCUUGAAUGAUUUUUUGCUGUUUUUCACAAAAAAAGUGAUUCUCAUAAAUAAUGUUAACGAUUCUUGAAAAUAGACUGCAAUUCAUAGACAAAAAAUUCAUCUAUAACAAAUGAUACGUUCAUUUAUAGAAAUCCAUGGAUAUUUCCCAUAAUUUAUUCCUUAUUUUUAAUAAUCUUUAUUCUCCUGUUUCACCGUAUUUUUUUGUAUAAUUUCUUCUGUCAUUCGAUCCACUUCAGGUGCUUCACCAUACUUUAACGUUUUUAUUGCUUCUUCUAGUUCUUCCUCGGUUAUUGAGUUUUCUGUGUUAUCUUCCAGUAUAUUAUUUUGUUCUUCAUUAAUGUCAUCUUGGUUUUUAUCCAUUAAGAAUUCUUCAAAGUGAUAUUUCUAUCUUUUUACUAUUUAUUUUGUUUCAUAUUAUUAAUUCUUCACUUUUAUCUUUAAUGCUAUAUAUUUCAUGUUUUGUGUACUCUUAUCGUCUUCAGUACUCUGUAGAAGAGCUUUUGCUAACUUUUGCUAUCUUCCAUUUUAUCUCCGAAUAUCUAUCUAAUAUUUUUACCUUUUAUCUUUUAUUUUCACAGUUAUUGUAAUUCUCGUAAUUUUAUUUAAAGGGUUUGUCAGAGUAUUUUAACAAUUUUGUAAGUGUUUUGUAUUGCGAUGUACUCGUUCAGUCUGCCAAUUUACUAUAGAUGGAUUUUUUUUCUAUGGACUUCCCAGAAACAAGGAUUUAAGAAUCUUACAAGCUUCUCUUAUGUGUAAGAAGUUGGUUCUAUGAGGUUAAAAUGGUUUUAUUUUAGAAUAGACAGUCUGGGUUCACCAAUCAGCUACAAAAAAUUAUAAUUGCAAUCUUUAUAUAUUUAAUAGGUUCCAUGACAUCUCGUAACGUGACAAUUCGUAACCCACAAAUGUUCGACAAUUCGUAACGGCGACUGUUCGUAACUAUACAUAUUCGUAACGGUAUAUUUCGUAACGCCAACAUUUAUUUUUUUUAUCAAAUUUAGUAUUACUGAAUUUAUUCAAAAAUGCAUUUUGUUUACUUUCCUAUACUAAAACUAAUUGUACUUUUUUAAGACCACUUCUUUUUCUUUUUGCACAUAUUUUUGCUCAUAUGACAACUAAAGAAUUUUUUUAAAUUCUUUAUCUUGAAUUGUCACUUUAAAGUAGUAAAACUAAAAACUUUAAAGUACUAAAACAACAUUUUUGUUUAAUUUAGUAUUAUUUUGUAUUUUGACAACGACACCCGUCUUGGGCGUCGAAACGUUAAUAAUAAACGUUAAUACAAUUGUGGCUUAUUUCCCAUUGAAAAUAGUUGAUUAGUAAGACUAAGGGCCGGUUGUUCGAACGCUAAUCAACAAUAAUCACUAUCAAAUAUUUAAUUACUGUCACCAACUGUCAAUGUCAACUUUGAUUGGGUUGCUGAAAACAUUAUUGAUUAUAAUUAUGAGAUUAGUUAAUAAAUUAACAUAACAAUUAUGAACAUAAUUGAUUACUAAUUUCAUAAUUGUAAUCCAUAAUUAUGUUUUCAGCAAACCAAACAAAGUUGACAUUGACAGUUGGUGACAGUAAUUAAAUAUUUGAUAAUGAUCAUUUUUGAUUAGCGUUCGAACAACCGACCCUAAGUCUGAAAAAUGAUUAAACAAAUACAAAUAAUAAUAAUGUUUUUAUUAUAAUAAUUAAUACAAUUUAUGUGAAUAACCUGGAUAACGUAUAAACAAAUGUAUAAUUUUAAAAGUAAGCAUAUCUAUUAUUUAAUGUAAGUAACGUAAUGUAAUAUUUAUUUAAGGAACAAUAACAGGGCGACAACCUUUAAUGAUAUUUCUUGUUGAAAGGACACGUAGACUUUUUUUAUUUAUUUUAAGACACAAGACAUAAUUUUAAGAAUAUAUUUCUAUUUCUCCACGAAAUAUGAAAUGUGAUAAAAGUGUAUCUUGAUGCUGGUUUCCACGGUACAAAAGAAAACAGAAUAAUUCAAUUUUGACGUUACGAAGUGUGGUAGUUACGAAUUGUCGCCGUUACGCAUUGUCCGUUACCAUUUGUGGGGUUUAGGAACUGUCGCGUUACGAGAUGCCUUGUCACGAUUUAACAAUGUAUAAAUUAAUUUAGUGCAAGUUAUUUUGAUAUAAAUAUUAUAGUGAGGUCCAGCAAUUAUUAUAUUUGUGAUAUAUUGAUUAUUUAUAUUUACAUUUUUCUCCGUUGUUGAACAAGGAAUAAAUGUUUUUAAUAAACA